CAAACCACGCAAAAUUAAUUAGUGUGUUGUUAGUGGUAAAUUUUGUGCAGAUGAGAAUACCGUUCAACCCGUGUCCCGAAGGAAACAAGCACAGGGUGAAUGAUCGAAACAGUGAUAGGCAGUGAUCGGCGAUCCAACAUUCUAAACGGAGAGAAAACCAUGUCACAUUUUCCUUUCCGUGGAUCGCCCACUACUCAGAGUACUACACCGUCAGCACCAUCCGCGCCAUCUUCACCACCUGCAGCACCAGUCGCAAUGGCCGUCACGACGACAGUGCCUCCAGGAGCCCGCAGUACGUCGCCCUGCUCAGCUACCUCCGGUCCGCCAACGUCGGGCAGCGGACGAUGUUGCGACACCGGUCGACCAAUUUUCACCGAUCCUAUUUCGGGUCAAACUGUGUGUUCGUGUCAAUACGAUCUGAUUAAUUACCAGCGGCUCGCGAGCGCCGGUAUCGCAGGUCCCGGUGGUGUUCCUCUGUCCAUGUACAGUGCGCCGUACAGUCCCGAAACGAUGGCUGCGUACUUCCCGGCGAUAGGAGCCGAUCAAGCUCCGUUCUACGCAAAUCCAGCCGCUGCAGGAAUCGACCUAAAGGAAAACCUCGCCGCUGGCGGUGCACCAUGGCCUUAUCCCUCCGUCUAUCAUCCUUACGAUGCCGCCUUUGGUUACCCCUUCAACUCCUACGGCAUGGACCUGAAUGGAGCACGAAGGAAAAACGCCACCCGCGAAACUACGAGUACGUUAAAAGCGUGGCUGAAUGAGCACAAAAAGAAUCCAUACCCGACCAAAGGCGAAAAGAUUAUGCUGGCGAUAAUCACGAAAAUGACCCUCACGCAAGUAUCCACGUGGUUUGCAAACGCGCGGCGGCGAUUGAAAAAGGAGAACAAAAUGACCUGGGAACCUCGCAACCGGGUGGAGGACGACGAUGUUAAUCUGGACGAUGACGAUGACGAUAACAAAAGUUUGAAGGACGAUAAGGAGAUUUUAGAUUCCAAAGACUCUGGUACAGGAUCUAGUGAAGAUGGCGACAGACCUUCGCGCUUGGACAUGAUUGAUCGGCCCAGCAACAGCGACUGGAACGGAUCCCGGAAUGGUAGUGGGCCAAAUUCACCGGACAUUUACGAUAGGCCGAUGCCUGGGCAUCCACUCCUCCAUCCGUCAAACUUUCCUCCGCAUCUGCGAUCCUCGCUAGGAACACCUCCGGAUGUCAAUCACACACCUAGUGGUAGUACAAAUCCCAGCAAACCAAGGAUUUGGUCUCUCGCCGAUAUGGCUAGCAAGGAAAACAAAGACUCCGAAUCAUCAUCACCGACGGCAGCCGGUUAUUCGCCGGGGAAAAUUGUUACUCCCCUAGCCGGUCGGGGUCUGAAUCCUUUACAUCAUCACCCGUAUAUGAGGCCCGAAUUCUAUCGCAAUCUUUAUGGCCCACACCUAACGGCAGGCUCGCCAGAGGUCUCGCUGCUAGAAUCAUACCAGCGAACCUUCGGAGCGACGUUGGCCCACAACGGGAUACCCGUCGGUAUUAACCCGUUGAUAUCGAAAGCGUCGGCCAGCGGGCCUCCUUUCGCACCGCUAAGUCUCACCACCAGCAGUAAUCCAAAUAUGGCCCCGCAACCGGGAGCUUCACCCGCCUCAAGCACCUCGUCUGGUCCAGAAAACCUCACCCCUUCCUCACCACCUGCCGAUAAACUAAUAUCCGUAACCAAACCAUGA